AGGAGAGAGCCAGGGUGAUCGCACACACUCGCACAGAGGCAGAGAGAGAGAGAGGCAGAGAGAGACUGGGGAUCCUUCACUGGCUUUUACUUGCAUGAGCACAACGGCAGACCCCGCUAGGACCUAAAGAUGUGGACAGAAGUCGGAAAGCUUAUGCUGUUACAUUUGUUACUCAUGGAGCUCCAUUGCGCAAAAGGAACUCAUACGGAAUCGGAGUGUGAAGCCGGGCAGUUUCAAUGCAAGAACGGAAGGUGCAUCCCGACCCUGUGGAGAUGCGACGAUGAUGACGAUUGCUCAGACAGCAGCGACGAGGAGAACUGUCCAAAGAAGACGUGUGCGACCACAGACUUUGCCUGUAAGAACGGCCAGUGUGUGCCCGCCAGGUGGCGCUGUGACGGAGAGCCGGAGUGUGCAGAUGGUUCAGACGAAGCUGAUGCAACCUGCAGCCGCCAAACGUGCCCACCUGAGAAGUUUGACUGUGGGGGGGCUGCCAGCAAAUGUGUCUCGUUGUCAUGGCGAUGUGAUGGAGAGAGGGACUGCGAGAACGGGGCGGACGAAGAGCAGUGCGCAGCAGAUGCCAAGGCCUGCCCCUCCAAGGACUUCCAGUGCCGUAACGGGAAGUGUAUGGCACCCAUCUACGUGUGCGACGGCGAUGACGACUGCGGGGACGGCAGCGACGAGGAGAAGUGCUCGACCCCCACCUGCGGCCAGCACGAGUUCCGCUGCAACGACUCGGAGUGCAUCCCGGCCCUGUGGAGCUGCGACGGCGACCCGGACUGCAAGGACAAGUCGGACGAGUCCAUGGAGCGCUGCAGCCGGAGGACGGAGCCGCAGAAGCCCCGCUGCCCGGCCGGCGAGUUCCAGUGCGGCAGCGGGGAGUGUGUCCACAUGAACUGGAAGUGCGACGGAGACGCGGACUGCAAGGACAAAUCCGAUGAAGCAAACUGUCCUCUGCUAACAUGCCGACCUGAUGAGUUCCAAUGUGGCGAUGGCUCUUGCAUCCACGGCACCAAACAGUGCAACAAAGUCCACGACUGUCCAGACUACAGUGAUGAGGCCGGCUGCGUCAACGCGACCAAGUGUGACGGGCCUAGAAAGUUCCGCUGUAAGAACGGGGAGUGUAUCGACAGCAGCAAAGUGUGUGACAACGUUAAAGACUGCAAGGACUGGUCCGACGAGCCCAUGAAGGAGUGCGGCCUGAAUGAAUGUGCAGACAACAAUGGGGGCUGCUCCCACAUCUGCAGGGACCGGAGAAUUGGUUAUGAGUGUGACUGUCCCUCAGGGUACAAACUCCUGGACAAAAAGACUUGCGGAGACAUCGAUGAGUGUGAGAACCCAGACGCCUGCAGUCAGAUCUGCAUCAACUACAAAGGAGAUUAUAAGUGUGAAUGCUACGAAGGCUAUGAGAUGGACCCUGUCUCGAAGACCUGUAAGGCCGUGGGAAAGAGUCCGUACCUGAUGUUCACCAACCGUCAUGAGAUCCGUCGCAUCGACCUGCUCAAGAGUGAAUACACACAGGUGGUUCCCACACUGAAGAACGCCGUGGCCUUGGAUGUGGACGUCUCCACCAACAAAAUGUUCUGGUGUGAUCUGUAUCAUCGUAAAAUCUACAGCGCAUACAUCAACAAGGCGAGCGACUCGUCCCAGCAGGUGACGCUGAUCGACUCGGCCCUCCACUCCCCCGAGGGACUGGCCGUCGACUGGGUCCACAAGAACAUCUACUGGACCGACUCGGGCGACAAGAGCAUCUCCGUCGCCACGGGAGAUGGCAGGAAGAGGAAGGUGCUGAUCGCCACCGAGCUGAGCGAGCCGCGGGCCAUCGCAGUGGAUCCACGCCACGGGUUCAUGUACUGGUCCGACUGGGGAAGUCAGGCGAAAAUAGAGAAGGCUGGGAUGAACGGAGUAGAUCGUCAGGUGCUGGUGUCUGAACGCAUCGAGUGGCCCAAUGGAAUUACACUGGAUCUGUCCAACAGGCGUCUGUACUGGGUGGACUCCAAGCUGCACCUGCUGUCCAGUGUGGACCUGAACGGGGACAAUCGCAAAGUGCUGCUGUCCUCUCAUCACCACCUGGGACAUCCGUUUGCCCUCACUGUGUUUGAGGACCGUGUGUACUGGACGGACUUGGAGGAUGAAGCGAUAUACAGUGCCAACCGUCUAACUGGGCAUGAUGUGGCAAAGGUGGCGGAGCAUCUCAACAACCCUCUGGACUUGGUGGUGUUUCACGAACAGAGACAGCCCAAGGCUCCAGAUACCUGUAACAUGGGCAGUCUGCCUAACGGUGGCUGUGAGUACCUCUGUCUGAAGGCCCCGCAGAUUACAGACCACUCCCCCAAAUACACCUGCGCCUGUCCUGAUGGUAUGGAGCUGGGACCCGACAUGAGGCGCUGUGCCAUAGUUCGGCCCAAAACAACCACAACGGCUGCUCCCACCACCACCGCAACCACCACUACAACCACGACGACAACUACAACAGCAGCCACCACCACGACUCCCACUACCACCACCACCACCACCACGACUGCUUCUACUACCACCACUACACCUGAGCCCACCACCAGGCGAUCGACCACCACGUCGUUCCCUCCUCAUACCUCCAGGACCUUUUCUUCCACCACACAGUCUCCCCUGCUGCAACGAACCCCUGCUGCCACCAGUACCGGGACAACCAGGCUGAAGAGUACCAGUCAGUCGUCUACAUCUACACACACACCCCUACUGGGCCCACUGGUACCCAACAGCAUCCAGAGAGAGGGCAAUGCCAACCUCUCCCACAGAGCAGGGAGCGAGCACUAUCUCUUAGGUAACAACAUCACAGUAGCUGUUCUAGGGAUAGUCAUUCCUAUUGUCCCUAUCCUUGCCACAGUGGUCAUCGGCUUGCUCUGCACCGGCGGAUACCUGGUGUGGCGCAACUGGCGCCGCAAGAACACCAAGAGCAUGAACUUCGACAACCCUGUGUACCGCAAGACCACCGAGGAUGACGACGACGAAAUCCACAUCGGGCGACACACCGAUACCAUCGGCCACGUCUACCCAGCUGUGAGUGGCAGCCACAGUCAGCCAUUCAUAGCGCUUCCACUAGGGGGUGGUAUCACAGACAGCAACUCCCACUGGUACUCAGGGGCGCCGAUGCUCUCCAGCGGCAAAUGAAAGCAGAAGGAGGGGAAAGGAGGAAGGAACGGGCACGGGAUGUUUGGGAUACGGGAGGAGGUGUGAGGGUUUGGAAAUGCCCUGCUGCCGUACGUGUAGGCCUGGUGGAAAGAAAGGACAGGCUGGCGCACGCACAGACACACACACACACGCACACACACACACACACACAAUUGUCAUCUUUGCAUUUAAAACAUCAAUGAUUCACACAUAUGAGCCCUUCACCAGUGCACCAUAUUCACAUCACAUCCACCUCCAUCCACUACAAUAAUUUUUACAUCAGUAUCACUUCCUCGUUGCCAACCUGCCAUCCCAUGUUUGUACAUUGUGUGUAUUGGUUUUGUUGUUGUUGUUGUAUUUGUUUGGUUACUGGGAGACACAGUAGUUCUUUUUGGGAGGGCCCAAAGUGCUACCCAACAAAACGGCUUAAACAGAGACAAAUCAUGUGUUGGUUUACGGAAGCAGCCAACAUACAAGUCACUACACUCUCAACAUUAGGAACUCGUCAUAUGGAAAACAGUUACAUUGGAUUUUUUUUUCUCUAUUUUGCUGCCAAAAGUCAGAACGAAGGGUUUGCAACUAUUGAAAUGAGAUCUGUUCCUGUGAUGGAAAGAUGCAUGCUGGGCGCGUCUGUGUCAGCUGCCAGUUAAUAAAACAGAGACAGUAAAGUGAUCUUAAAGGUGAGAUGCCUUUGAGAAACAGAAACACUGGGUGUCAUAGCUUUAUACUCAGAUUACGUUGGACUAUUCUAGCACAGAAAUGGGAUCUCUAGAGUGGAUAGUAACUUCAUGGUAUUGACUAUAGGUAUUCAAUUUCAUCUUUUGUUAGAGUGUCAAUAAGAUGAAGUAAAAGGAGAGCACAAACUAGAAAACUGACCACAUUUUGAAAGGGAAUUUAUUUAAUCUUCUAUUACAGUACCACUGUAUAAACCAUGUAUCUCCACUUUUUAGGAAUUACAAAAAAUAACUUGUUGAUCUGCCAUUGAUGCUGAUGUAUUUUUUGCAAAUCAAUUAUUUGCCUCAGAGCUGGAUUUUAUGCACAGGGGAGACAAUGCCAGCUUUUAUUUGCACUCCGAGUCAAACGGAAUGGAAAAAUUGGAGAGGCAUGGUAUGUGCAGGACCCCAAUGACAUUUAUUUGAUAUAUUUUGUUGUCUUAGGAGAACAAGCUGGGUAGAGCAGACCAAAAAAAAAAAAGGAUUAUGGGGGGAUGGGAGUGUAGCGCUUUGAUCGGUUGGCAUGGUAACACAGAUUUCUUUGUGUUGCUCCAGAGAGGGAGAAAGAGAGGAGGCAAAGAAUUCUGGGUAUCACUGGCACGAUGACAGGCUGCAACAGCACACACACACACACACUCACACACACACAUACCAGGUGCGCCACUGAGUCAUAUUAAGAUUCAAGGUCGAAGUGGCACCCUGCUCUCAGUGAGGGGGCUGAGGAGAGGGAACGACUGUCUGAUUUUAUGUCCUUUUUUUUUCUCCUUACAGAUGUCUUUUAUUCUUUUAUUAUCCUAACUUCUCUUUCCUGCUCUCUCCUCUUCUCCCCUCCUCUCUCCUCACUUUGUUGUGGCAGUAUGAUAAGUCAGACAGCCAGAGAAACCAAGUUGGCAUUAGGUGGGCCAGGUAUUCACUGCAUCCUGAAUUCCUCACAUAACAGCCAGUAAAAGGACAACCAGGGAGUAGAAAGAGAGGAUGAGGACAAAAAGGGAGAGAAGGAAGAAGGAGGGCGGUAAGGAGGUGAAGAGAGGAAUAACAAACAGGAGAGAAUAAGCAAAAAGGAGACAAGAAAGAGGAAUGGAUUCUGUCUUCUCUGUGUGGCAUCCAGUCUUUCACUCCAGUCUUUGUUUCUUUAUUUUUUUUUCUGUAUCCCUCUACACUUUUCCUUUCUUUCUUUCUUUCUUUCCUCUCUCUCACUCUCUCUGCUUUACUAGCUUCUGUGGUAACAACGGUCUCUUUAUCUGCUGUUUGCAGCGCGUGGCGCUCAGUCUGGAGGAUGAUGGCUACCCCUGAGGGGGGAUGCAUCCUGCACCCAAGUCCCAUCCUGGCCCCUCCUCUCACCAUGGCCUCCACACCACUACAGCAAGGCCACUCCAACGCAGAGGAGAAAGAGAGGGAGACCUCAAUGUGCCCUCCUUUAAAGGAGCAGGGAUGACUUGUACAUCUUGUAUAUCCCCUUCCUCUCCCACUCUCUCUCCUGAAGUAACCUUACUACCACUACUAGCUACUACUACUACUGCUUCCUCUAGAACUAGUUAUCGGUGCAAGUCUUACUUGUGCUAAUACUACUCCUCUGUUCUCCUCUCUCCCUUUUGUUAGCGGUAGUGGUGUGUGAUAUGCUGCUUGAUGAUUUUGUUCGGACUAACCUCAUUCAGCUGCCUCAGUGCACAUUGUAAAUAGGAAGCGGGUCGGCCACUGUGCAAGGUGAACGAGCCGGCAUGCAUUGUUUUUAAUUCUUGAUAUGUUGUCUUUUUAUUUAUUUGUAUGUUCACUGUUGUAAAUAUGUAAUGAGCGUUUCAAGCGCACAAUACACAUUUGCGCAAGGUUGUCAAGGACGAUAGUACGCAGGUCAUUGUUAGGAGGGUGUGUUAAAAAUAUUUUUGAUGACAAGGGGAGUGUCAUCUUCUAUUACACCCUGCCCCUCAGACCCCACCCUUGACACAUGUAAGCAGGCAAAGCUAAAAAUAACCAAGGGGAAUGGAGACAGAAAAAUGGUGGGAGUUGUUAUGGAUUUCUGGAGGUGAUUUGGGGGUGAAAGAGGGGAGGUGGGGCUUGUGUGCCACCAGAGGGUAAUGCACCAAGGCAAAAACAAAACAAAAGGCAUAAGGAUUUAUGGGUAAUCCUCUCUGCUGGCAUUAGAGGUAUGCGGAGGUUUGAUAAUCAACUUUGGAUUGUUGCACAUAUGUGAUGCAUAUUAGCAUUCAUACAUGUGUUUCUCAGUUGCAAUCAUUUCCGCUUGUUUGUGUGUUGUGUGUUUUGUGGAGGAAAGGAGCCCACACUGCUAAGAAAUCACGUCCUGCUGUCAUUGACUGUACUGUGUGCUUGUGCAUAGUCCUAUUAUGUACACACAGAUGAGUAACACUCUGAGGUUUACCCAACUGAGCUGAGCACUGAUUUGAUUUGAAAGCCGGACAGAGAGAAAAUGUGUAAAGCUGCAUAAUCAGAGAAAAGAGCUGAUCUUCCAUUGACUUACCACAGGCACGCUUCCAGCCCACUGAAUCAGGGUGAAUUUUUGCCUAAUGCAUAAUAGCAAUAACAGCUUGUAAUGCGCUCUAACAGUGAGUGAACAAGAGGAAGCCUUUACAACAGGUUAAUGUGAUGGUCGUUUUGUGUCUUCCUAUUGGCAAAUUAGCAACUACCCCACUGUGGAUGCAAUUUAGUCUUCAAACUUAAACAGGGCAUUUUGCCAUAGUUAAUCACACUUCCGACGCAUUAUACAAAGUCAAGAGGGUUUAGAAGAGUUUGUAUCCUUCAGGAGAGGUACAUGUAACACCAAACUUCCACUCUUGAGAGUAAUUCUUUGGAGCAUUUUAGCUGAGCUGUGUUGACAAGUGCUUUUGUUUUAGUCCUUAUUGUACUACCAGUGAUGCCAUAUGCAGACACAUCCUCAGUGUCUUGUAAAAAGCUGUGGUGUGAACGCUGAAUGAAAGAUAACAUGGUAACAGGCUCUUCAUCUCAGAGAAGUUGUCUUAAUGGUCUUUUUAUAUGCUUUUUACACUGACAAAUCCCACUGCCAUCCCGGACUUGAGCUCAGUGUAAACAGGUAACCAAGCAUUUUAGUCCCAUGUUGAAAACUCUGCAGCAAUAGUUGGUAAUUAUCAGCUUUGAGUCCAAUCAGCUGUGGUGAAAAUGGGUCACCCACUAAUUUUCAACUCAAAUUUUCUAAUUUUUACUGUACAUUUUAGAUACCAAUCCUAACCUCAGUUUAAGAUAAUGCAAUCUGUUCAAUUACCAAUAAAUUUCUAUCUUUUGGAUUGGACCUGGACUUGUGUUCCUAAAGUGUAUAACGAGAAUAACGAGAAACCAACGGACUGGUCUUCAAUACAAAAUAUCAAAAACAUCAGUCAGAUAAGAUUGUGAUACCAGUUAACUUGGAAGUGAAAAAUAAUUUCUGGGAUUUCUGGGUGGUCCUAGGUGAAACAAAACCUGUAAAACCAUCUGCUUGUUAUAAAAGUGAUACUAAUGAAAAGUGAAAGCCACUCCUUAUCCGGUUGGCUGCUGUUUGCUUUCAGUCAAGCACAGAAUACUGAAAAGUACGGAUAGAAUAAGAAGACAGAGUGCAUGAGAUAGCUAUAACAAAGGCAAAAAAGUAAGCUCAAAAAGUAUAGUGUGAAGUCUUAAAGAUAUGUAGUUUGCCCUUGCAGAGUAUGUACAGUAUGUACUAUGUAUGACAUAUAUGUUGACAUAUGGUUGAUUAAUGAUAUGCAUCAAUCAUGACUCUUCCUGUCCCAGUGGGAAAGCUUUACUCAGUGGAGAUGCCACAGGAGGGAGAGAGAGAGAGAGAGAUAAAGAGAGACAGACAGAAACAAGGGUAAGCAGGAAAGUACAGUCCAGGAUUAGACCUACACUACAUGGGAACAGGACGGUGUGUGUAAGAUAAAUGGAGGGUCAUUUAUCCUGAAGGAUUUCUGCUGACUUUGUGUCCCAGUAACGUGACACACAUUCCCCCAUCACCACCCUCAGUGGGAUGGUACUGUCCCUCUCUGUACUGCAUAACAAUACACAUGCACAGUGGGCGAUUUGUGUGUAGUGGCAUGAUGGACAGGUGAACUGUCACCCUCCCCCAAACAUUACACUUCCCCUGCCUUUCUUCCCCUGGGUCUCUUUAACAAAGGGGAAUUGUUGAAUAAUUUGAGCAUACAAGGGAGAAAACAUCUCCCCACAUCGUGUAACCUUGCACCCUGCAGAUGCAGCCAAAUGAAAUGCAUUACACAGUGGGGUAAACUGUGACACAGAUCAGCAUGUUGCCACACUAGUUUGGAAGAUUCCUAUAGUGUUUGGCUUUUAGAGACGUGGAGGCAUGACUCAGUGUAGUGCUGAUAUUCUUUGAACAAUAUAAAUGGAAAAAGCUGCAGCCUAUAUUGUCAUUUAUCACACAGUACAUUUUCGAUGCAUUAGAAAAAUGCAUCAGCGAGUUGAACAGUGAAUUGAGAUGAGUAAUAACUACUCCUCAAAAUACAAUCUCCAUCUCAACAAAUCCUUUAGUCUCAUAUUCUAUCUAAAAAUCCUGUUUUUCUUCAAACAAGGUAAAAAGAAUGUGCCAGUGGGAUGAGAUAAUCCCACUUGUUUCCAGUGCUAAUCUGCACAUUUUCAGAAUUUUCUGGAGUCAAGUGUCAUUUUCUGGAACCUGCGGGGCUGAUCUUCCUUAUUCUGCCUUGUAUGAACAUAUUUGUACAUGUUCCCAGAACAAUUCUGUGAACAAGUGGAAUUAUCCCAUUCUACUGUCUCUUUUCACUGAAUAUGAGACUAAAUAUCUUUUUAAGAUGUAAGCUAGUUUUCCUGUGUGUCUCAAAUUGUGGUCUGUUUGUUGAUCAGUUAUAAAGUCAUGUCCUGGUCUGUGAAUUGUGUUCCCUCACAACCCUGUAUUUUUACGUAAAAUCAAAAAGGAGAUACAUAUAGUAAUAUCUUAUGUUUCAAAUUAAUGGUUGACCCAUUGCUGGAUUGAACGACGAGCUACAAGGCAGUUCUGCUAUAUAUAUUUGUCCUCAUAUCUACAUUCGCUUCAGUCCAGGUCCAGGGGAGCUGUGGACUAAGGAGAAUAAAUUGCUUAUUUAUUGAGGUGACUGAGCGUGGCGCUGUAGAAAAGUUAUUAUUGCUACAGUGUACAGACAGAUUGCUUUGUCCACUUUGUAGACACCUUCAGAGCAGCUGUCUCCACUCAAGGACACUAAAAAGGACACUGAAAAAGUCUGAAAGGAGAUUUCAUCAUUCAACAUAAAUAGUUCACUUGUAGUAGCUGUGAAAUGUAGGUUGUGACUGCAUAACUGCUGGAGUCCCGCAGAAUAGUUGCCUAACGUUUAUACGGAUCACUUUGAAAUUAAUUUAUAUUCUAACGUCACUGUCAUUGUUGGCUUACUAUUAGCCAGUCUCAUAAACACUUGAAAUACAGAUCUCCACACUCUAGCCUCUACAUGAGGUUUAGCACAUGGAGAUUGUAUGUGUAUGCGUGCAUUUGUGAGCAUAUGUUCAGUUAUUGGAUGACAAGGAGUAUGUCUGGAGCUCAAGGUCAGCUUUUCUCUUGAUAAUUUGCUUGAACCCGUUCACUGUAAUAGUUGCUACACUGGAGAGUGUAUUGCUACACUGAAUAAAAUAUCUAUAUGCGCUGUCCCCUAUUUAAAAGAGAGACCUUGUGCCAGCAAUUUACAGUGCAAGUAAAUUCAACAUACACUGUAUGACAGUAGUCUCAGUGUGCAUUUUAGGUGCACAAUAUGUUGAAUUUACCUAAAAAGCACUUAAAAUUGGCUAUAGUUUUAUUACUCAGAUACUGUCAAAGGUACCCAUCGGUAGGUAUCGUCCCCUAAGUAAAAUAAAAUUAUUCUGUAGUGUAUUUUUAUUUAGAUUUGUGAGUACCUCUUUAUUUAAUGCAUAUAUUUAUAUAGUAUUGGAACAGUCUUCAGAAAUCCUCAUGCAUUAUUAGUGGGGUUACUGACGCGUGCAGCUUGCAGAGGCUCACUGGCUCAAACCAGACUAAAUUCCACGCAUAACGAGGCAAUUUCUAAUUUAUUUCAUGGACAGACAUUUCACAUUAUUGACCUGUCAUAGGAGAUUCUAAUAGCCCAAAUAACCCAUAAUCCAUUGCGACUGUAAGCCUUAAAUAAACUGAUCUGUGCUCCCUGUUCUUUCAAACCGUCCUGUCACUCAUGCUUCUUUUUUUUAAUUUUCUCUCUCUCUAUGCAUUUCUAAUGGUUGCUACCUAUCUAUUCUGACCAGGGUACCUGACCCUCGCUGCUUUAACCGUGCACUCAAUGAUUUCUAACAUCACUCACAUGUCUUCUUCACCUCUUCAGUUCACUGCACUGUACCAAAAGCAACGCUACCUCUGAGGCUUCAAGUACAUCCGACCUGCUACGUCGCAGUCUUGUGUGGUUCUUUCACAAAAUCUCCUUGUUGCAUUGAAUUGGCAAAACAAAAUGUAACGAUAACUGAUGCCUGCUGACUUUUAAUUUAGAGCGAAAUCAGCAUUGAAGUUGGCGUUGCUUUUCUCAGUGCGCUCUCAUUCUCUCACCCUCCCAUGCAUCUUCAUCUCAACCAUCGACAUCUUUACUUUGGCAAGGGCUUUCCAUCUUUGUGAAUGGGUAGACAGACACACACACACACACACACACACACUGGAAGAAUAAAAACACUGGAGGAAAUAACAUGGAACCCCACACAUCAACAAGGAACCCCACAGCUGAAUAACCCCUCCCCCACUGUGAACCAGCAAACAGGCGAACAAACGCACUCAGAGAGGAGAAGUGGCCCCCAGCUGCAAUUCGGGACUCUGGCAGGAACCCUCAUUGACUCUCUACUUGGCUGGCUGGCAUUUAGUUCUUGUCAACCCAGUGACUUUCCCUCACCAACUGGUUCCUCUUUGUUAUCAAGAUUUUUGGUUUGUUUGUUUGUUUUUUUGAGUGUAAGUCUGUCAGUGAGUCGUCGGUGUUGCUCUCUCUCCUCUCCUCACUGCACCACUCCAUUCCCGGUUUCAUAUUUGAUCUACUUGAUGUGUGAUUACUUGAAGGACAUCUCUGAGGCUCCGACAUUUUUCUACCAGUCAAUGUAAAGUGAAGGUUGGGGAGGAGAAAAUGGGGUUGGGUGGGUUAUCAUUAUAGGAUGAUGAUGUUGAUAAAGGUACAUUUUGAUAAAAUGACAGUAUUGUACUUAAUUUGGACAAUUAUUGCUUCAAAAGAUAGAUCACAGAUAUAAAAGCUAACAAAUAUUUGGGAAAACUCCGUUUUUGGUGAAGCUGUCAAUCCGCAUUUUCUCAAAAUGUUGCCAAUGUGUCAUUGCCUGUAAGGAAAUCUCAAAAAAACAUUCUGGGUUCUGUCCAUUCCACAGCCAUAUCACAGGCAUUUUUUACGCUGUUUGUUGCACAAAACUUUUCAAGAAGCCUUCUGCACUGUGUAAAGAGGUACGUACUUAGGAAGGGAGGGAAAGGGGGGGAUGAUCCAAUGGUACAGUCCAAUGGUUUUGAAUCAUGACUUGUAAAUACGUUUUCAUACAGCAAAAACUUUUUGAUAAUGUUUUAAAUGUAUCUGUAAAAAAAAAAAACAACAAAAAAAAAGAUGUACAUAAACCUCCGGGGGGAAAAAGAGUGUAGACCAUAUAUGAAUUUAUUUGUACACAAGAGCACUGGAUUUCUUUACUACUUGAUUGUAACUAAAAAUUAAUAAUCUGCCAAAGUGUUUUUAUUUCUUUUUUUUUUCUCUCCUGUCUGUUCUUUUUGUUUGGUUUUUGCUUUUUAACAGUAAAGCAUUGCAGAGUUUUAGAGUGUUCAUGCUGUAUUUAAUUCUGUUGAAUAAAUUUCAUUGUUGUGUGUUUUUAAAAAAAAGGGGGUUAUCAUUUUAAUUUAUUGGUGCCUUGUUUUGUGCUCCUGUAUACUUUUACUCUGUUUCAGUUUUUCUGUGUUAUGUGUCUCGGGGGGAUUGUUGGUGGGUUGGUAAUGGAACGGGUGGCGGGGGGGGAGUGAAACUUAGCGACUUCUGUACUUACAUGGAAUAUCUGUACUGUAUGCCAAAAUGGUCUCACUCACGUUUCUAUGAAAUCAAGCUGUUGAUAAAUAUCUCUAUAUAUUGAUAUAUUAAAUUUAUAAAAACUGC